ACUCUCGGCUCUCUCCUUCCCCUCCUAAGUGUAGAUUUGUCAGGGCUGUGCACAUAACCCCACCAACCCCCCCCCCCCGCUCCCCCAUUUCUCUCGGACAGUUUUGCUCCACCAGUUCUGCACUGUGCCGGCCUGGAGAGGAGUAAGGGAGCGGAAAGAGGAGCAAGAGGAGAGGAUUUGGUGAAUCAAGGAGAGACCGACGGGGGAGAGGGACCAUGGCUGCUCUCUGUGACUUCCUGAAGACCUGGGUUUUACUGCAGACCUUGUGCCUGGCUCUGGCCCAAGUGAGGGGCCCACCUGGACUCCAGGGCCAGCCCGGCCCACCAGGCCCAUCCGGCACUCCCGGGUCAGAUGGCAUUGAUGGGGAGAAAGGACCUCCUGGGCCUCCUGGUCCACCUGGACUAAAGGGAGAACCAGGAGAACCAGGUCCCGAUGGAGUGCCAGGAGAGAACGGCAUUGAUGGUUUGAUUGGAGCAAAGGGUGACCGAGGUCCAAUUGGAAGCCCCGGCCCUAAGGGCAAACUCGGGCCAAGCGGCGAGCCCGGCCCUCCGGGAAUAGGCCUCCCAGGACUGGCUGGCAUCCCUGGGCCAAUUGGUCUUCCUGGUGAAAUUGGACCAACUGGAUCAAAGGGCAUCAUGGGACCACCUGGGGCUCCAGGAGUUCAUGGACCUCCUGGCAAGCCUGGUCCUCCGGGAAAGUUUAUCGGCGGGGAAGAGGGUAGUGCAGACUUCCAGUGUCCUCUUAAUUGUCCAGCAGGACCAAAAGGUCCUCAGGGACUGCAGGGAGUCAAGGGACACAAAGGACGUGCUGGUGUUCUUGGAGAGCCUGGCAGCAUAGGAAAAACGGGGCCCAAGGGAGAAAAUGGCAUCUCUGGGGAACAGGGCAUCCCAGGACCUUCGGGUCCGAUAGGUCUGAGGGGUUAUCCAGGAAUGAUGGGUCCUAAAGGAGAGGCAGGGCCUCGUGGAUACAAGGGCAUCGGCGGACCUGUAGGAAUUCCUGGGCCUCCUGGUGAGGAGGGACCUCGGGGACCACCUGGAGAGCCAGGAGACAAGGGCGACAAAGGCAGCCGAGGAAUCCAGGGCCUGCAGGGUGCAGUUGGCAAAAAGGGAGAGAAUGGUCUGCCGGGCAUUGAUGGAAAAGAUGGCACACCUGGUAUUCCAGGAAUCAAGGGCAGCCCUGGCCAAGCUGGGAGGCCUGGUCCUUCUGGUCCUCAGGGAGCAGCGGGAUUGCCUGGCGGUCCUGGGGCGAAAGGUGGACCUGGAGAUAAGGGAGAGCCUGGACCGCGAGGUCAUGUUGGCGCGCAGGGUGCAUCUGGACCACUGGGUGAACCUGGUCUUCCUGGUGAGCCUGGCAUGGAAGGAAUACCUGGGCCCAAGGGUGACAGAGGCCAGCGGGGACCGGCUGGGCCACAGGGAGUCGUUGGCAAACCUGGCAGCAAAGGAGAGAGAGGGCCCAUCGGUGUCCCAGGUGCCCAGGGCCUUAGUGGGAUCAAGGGAGACAAGGGCUUCCAAGGAAAACCUGGCUCAAAGGGAGAUUUUGGUGACCCCGGCGUUGAGGGAUUGGCUGGCGAGAAAGGUGAAAAGGGAUUGUCUGGUGAACCUGGGCCUAAAGGACAGCAAGGAGUUCGGGGAGACCUUGGGUACAAUGGGCCCACUGGAGAUCCUGGUAAACCAGGGGACCAGGGGCCACCAGGACUUCCUGGUCCUAGGGGACUCAAUGGAGAGCGAGGAGUACCUGGCAUGCCUGGCAUAGAGGGGCCCUCAGGCCGCGACUCAUCUGACCAGCAUAUUAUCGAAGUGGUGUUGAAGAUGUUGCAGGAGAGGCUAGCCGCAUUGGCGGCCAGGAGGGACGUGCACGGCGGGGCAGGUGUCAUGGGACCUCCAGGGCCCCCGGGUAAUCCAGGUGGACCUGGCCCUCAGGGGCCACAUGGUUUGCCAGGUACUCGAGGCAUUCCUGGUAUGAUGGGAGAAGUGGGACAGAUUGGAAACACUGGGCUUAAAGGGAAGAGAGGAGCAAAGGGAGAGAGGGGAGAUCCUGGUAAACCUCACCCAGGAGCACCAGGACCUCCUGGAAUACCAGGUCCUGGCGGUGUGGAUGGUGUGGCCCGGGAUGGUAAACACGGUGAGAGAGGACCUCAGGGAUCAGCCGGAAACAACGGUCUCCCUGGUGCAGUGGGUGCACAAGGUCUGCCGGGCUACUGCGAGGCGGCAAUGUGUCUGGCCGCAUCCGCAUACACCUCGCCGAGACUACAGGAGGCGGGAACAAUCAAGGGACCCAGUGUUUAGAGGUGCAUCUCUCCACAAGCAGCUCACAGCAUCUCCAGGGAGAGAGAGGGAGAGAGAGACGGAGGAAGAAGAGGGGGAGAGAGAGAGAGAGAGAGAGAGACAACUCUUCUCGGUUGGGGGACAGAAAUAGUGACUGGAUGUAUGGCGUCCCUCUUCCUGAAACUCACAAUCAUACAUUUUUUGACUGGUGGGACAUACUUUGAUCUUAAUCCCCGUAGAUCACGAUGACAGCAGCAGCUUCCAGCCACACACACACACACACACACAUCCUUUCUCCUGUGUUUUUUUGAGGAGGAUGUCAGUCCCAUUUACAACAUUGAAGCCUGUUUUCCGUUAAGUGAAACAGGAACACAUUUGUCUCGCGUCUCGCUUUGCACCCAGCCAUCAGUGUGCCUGAGCCGCGGGAAUCCGAAAACUGUGUCACGAAAAGACACUUUUACACCAAGGUCACUUUAAAUGCUUUUAUGUGUGCGGUAUUCUGUAUUGGAGUUUGUCAUCACACAGCAUCACGUCCGAUGCCUUAGAGUGUAGGGAAAAUAAACGAUCACAGCCAAAUUCACAGUUAGUACUGUCUUGUAAAAUGUAUAAUUUUCAUCCGUCAGCUUGAGUGAUUUACCUCGUGUGUACAUUGCCCCCCCCCCUUCUACCCUAGUCUCAUUUUAGAAACUAACGACUAGCUUUAUCUCUUCCUCUUGUUGCCUGGCAACAGCAUAUCCCAAUGGAUACUCCCAUCUCCCACAAUGCAGUGCUGUAAAUCUUUGUAAAUGCGUGUUGAUUAUUAUGUAGAGGAAAAGGAAUGGGUUUUGAUAUGCACCAACAAAAAAAAUAAUAAAAAUCCUGUGUUAAUGAAUUCAGUGAGUAAUAAAAAGUUCCUGCAGAAAUAAUGACUUUCCCUCAAAAUGAAUCAGUCACUAGUCCAAUUGUGCCUCCUAUGCCACUGUCAACUUUCUACAGGGUGUCAGCGAUUUAAUGACUGAUUUAUUUUCAUCACCAAAAAAAACUAUUUAUUGUUCUAUAUAAUCAUCUGUAAAGAGGGCUAUUGUCUGGCUGUUCAGGUAAACCCAAACAAAUAAAAAGGAACCUUUUGUAAAGUCCAA